CAUGAGUUACUUCCUGUCUUACUGCAAAGCUCACGGCGGCUCGCUGCUCACCGGCUACCAGGCGCUGCGCGCCGAGGGCUUCCUGUGCGACGUGACGCUGGAGGUGGAGGGCAGCGAGUUCCCGGCGCACAGGUCGCUCCUCGCGUGUUCCAGCGACUACUUCAGGGCUCUGUUCAAGAGUCACACCCGGGAAUCCCGGGCGAGCGUGAUCCACCUGCACGUGCCGUCGGCGGCGGGCCUGCAGCGCCUGCUGGACUUCAUCUACACCGCCUGGCUGCCGCUCUCCAUGGACACCGUGGAGGACACGCUGGAGGCCGCCAGCUACCUGCAGGUCACCGAGGCCCUGGGGCUUUGCGGCCGCUACCUGGAGCGCCAGCUGGCCCCGGAGAACUGCUGCUUCGCCGCCAACGUGGCGGCUCGCUUUGGCCUGGCGCACACGCUGGGCGCGGCCGAACGCUGCAUUGUGACCCACCUGAGGGAACUGCUGGCGCGGGGCGCGGGCCCGGCCGGCCUUCUGGAGCUCAACCCCGCGUCGCUGAGGGCCGUGCUGGGUGCCCCUGACGUGGCGCGGGUGCCUGAGGCCCGGCUGCUGGGCCUGGCGCUGGCCUGGCUGCGGCAGGAGCCCGAGGCCGAACGCCUGGCCCACUGCACCCAGCUACUCGAGCGGGUCCGCUUCGGCCUCGUGCCCGCCGACGUGCUGCGGCGCGUGUACUCGGGCUCCGGCCUCACUCUGCCCGCCCGGGUCAAGGGCCUCAUCAUCCAGGCCCUCAACUACCACACGUCGCCCUCCCGCCAGCCGCUCAUGCAGGGCGAGCAGACCAGCGUCCGGAGCCCUCAAACACGCAUCCUGUUGGUCGGGGGGCGCCGCGGGCGGGAGGUGGUGACUGAGGAAGUCGUGGUCCCCCCGCGGGCAGCCCGGGGCAGGGGCGCCGCGCCGGAGCCGGAGGAAGAGGAGGGAGAGGAGGAGGAGGAAGAGGAGCAGGUGGAGGAGGAGGAGUGGGAGCUCACCCAGGACGUGGUGGCCUUUGACGUGUACAACCACUGCUGGCGCAGCCUCACGCGGCUGCCUGCUCAGCUGCUGGGGCACAGCGUGUGUGUCGCGGGCAACUUCCUGUUCGUCCUGGGCGGGGAGAGCCCGUCGGGCGGCGUCUGCUCGCCCCCAGCGCACGGCCCGCUGGCUGUCAUGGCUCAAGUGCACCGUUACGACCCGCGCUUCCACGUGUGGACGACGGUGCCCCCUAUGCGGGAGGCACGGGCCCACUUCUGGUGCGGCGCCGUGGGCGAGGGGCUCCUGGCCGUCGGGGGCCUGGGCGCGGGCGGCCAAGCGCUGGCUUCGGUGGAAAUGUAUGACCUGCGCCGAGACCGCUGGACGGCGGCCGGGGCGCUGCCGCGGGCUCUGCACGGCCACGCGGGCGCCGUUGGGGACCGCGGCGUCGUGUACAUCUCCGGGGGCAAGGCGGGGAGAGGCGACGGCGGCGCGAACAGCCUCCGGGACGUGUACUCCCUGGCUCCCGGGGAGCAGGCGUGGAGCAAGAGAGCGUCCAUGGGCACGGCCCGCUUCGGGCACCACAUGGCCGCCCUGCGCGGCGCGGUGUUCGCCUUUCUGGGGCGAUACGAGCCCUUCUCCGAGAUCGAGCGCUACGACCCCGGCACCGACCAGUGGACUCGGCUGCGGCCGCUACCCUACGACCGCUUUUGCUAUGGGCUGGCCUUGGUGGAGGAGACGGUGCUGCUACUGGGCGGCCUCAAGUGGCGGGACUCACGCCAGGUGCCCACCCGCAACGUGGUAGGCUAUGACCUCGACCUGGACCGCUGGGAGGACAUUGGCUGCGCGCUGCCUUGGGCCUGGAGCGGCCUGCAGUGCGCAGUGCUGCAGCUGGCAGAGGGUGGGGACGAGCGGAGGGAGGGAGAGCCGGGAGAGACACCGGAUUUUGUGCUGGGCUUAAUGGGUUAAGCAGCCUCAGGGCUAGGGAGGAGCAAGCCAUGGGCUUUUCCUAGACUUGGCCAAAGAGAAACAUUUGCCCUUAUUCUGAGAAUGGGAGACAGGAGGGAUCAAAUUUAGAAGGAUAUAUGAAUCAUCUCCAGCGAGCUGGGGAUUUCUAGAAAUUCUCAUGUUGGGCUAGAGAUGGACUUUCGAAAAUAAAGUAUGACCCCGUUUUCCCUCUUGUAGUUAAAAGUGUUUCCCAGGUUCUAAGCAAUGAUUAUUUUUGUGCCAAACAGCCAAAAAACGUACCAUAAUAAGUUAUAUACCAUACCAGAAAAUUGUUAGGUAUAAUGACUGUAAUAAAUGGUUCUAGAAGAUGGCAUUAUCUGAAUAAAUAAUGAAGGGAAAGUGCCUUGGUUAAAAAACAUGCAAUCACUGUAGGGAGAACUAUGAUUUUAUGAUACAGAAUCAUGGUUAUAGUUCUGCUUUGAUGGUUUAAUAUAGAUACAGAACUGAGAAAAAAAAAAACUCCUAGAAAGCACUUUAUUUUUAUUUUUGGAGAAAAUAACCUAGGUUAAGUUUUUCUGUACUUCAUCCUUACUUACCCUAGUCUGCUUUUGCUCUGACUUUUGCCAGCUUAUUGGUUUUAAGUUUUAUUUGUUCAGCCCUUAGCCAUAAUAACUUCCCUGGUGGCUCAGACGGUAAAGAGUCUGUCUACAAUGUGGGAGACCCGGGUUCGAUCCCUGGGUUGGGAAGAUCCCCUGGGGAAGGAAAUGGCAAUCCACUCCAGGACUAUUGCCUGGAAAAUCCCAUGGACAGAGGAGCCUGGUAGGCUACAGUCCAUGGGGUCGCAAAGAGUCGGACACGACUGAGCGACUUCACUUUCGCCAUAAUAAUCCGGCUUCUCUGAUUUAGUGGAACAUUUAACAGGGCUUCCCAGGUGGUGCUAGUGGUAAAAAAGCUGCCUGCCAAUGCUGGAGACAAAAGAGAAGCGGUUCUAUCCCUUGGUCCAGAUGAUCCCCUGGAGGAGGAAAUGGCAAUCCACUCCGGUAUUCUUGCCUGGAGAAUCCCAUGGACAGAGGAGCCUGCUGGGCUCCAGUUCAUAGGGUCACACAGAGUCGGACACGACUUAAGUGACUCAGCAGCAGCUAACAAAACCCCUAUUUCUUUCAUCCUCUUUAAAUGUUCAUUCUGCAGACACGCUGUAGGUAAUACUUGUAAAAAAAUUUUUUUAGGUUUAUUUUUGAUGGUACCCCGCCUCCCAGACCCUCUACCCCACCUUCCCAAAAGAAUCACAGAGAAAGGGAAGAGCAGCAGGUGAAAAUUUAAAGUUUGUGUCAGGUAAAUGGGAAACCAACUUGAUUUCGCAGGAUUUCAGAGAAGAUUCUUGUAUACACUGGACACUGCCUCUUCUGGCUUAUACCACAGUGGAGUGACAAAGUUAAAACUUGUAACUGGGGGUGGUGGGGUGGCAUGUAAUUCGGUCACAAAGAAAUGUGAUGUGGACUGCAUGAAUAAAAUAGGUGCUUUAUAAGGA